AGCAUAUAGUGAUAGCUCAAGGUUUAUAAGAUUUAGAUUCAUUAGUUAUCACUGUCAUGCAAGAUAGAUAUUAGAGUCAAGAUGGUACUUGGUGCAUUUUUGUCGGGAAUCGUACUGGUAUUCUUGCUGGUUGGAACACUGCUCUUCAAGUAUGGAAAUGUAUUUCGGCAUCACAUUGCAGUUACUCUAUCUGUGCUGAUAGCUUGGUAUUUUUCUGUAUUAAUAAUCUUCAUACUACCUCUGGAUGUUUCUUCGACCGUAUUCAGGCAGUGCGUAGAGCAAAAUAUACACAACAGCACUAAGGAUUUCAAUAAUACGACAUCUACACCAUUUGUCACAUGCAUAGAUCCUUUGCCCAAUGUGCCAGAGAAUGUAUUUCCAAAUUUGUGGAGGAUAGUCUACUGGACGUCGCAAUUCUUGACAUGGUUAAUACUCCCGUUGAUGCAGUCUUAUAUAAAAGCAGGAGAUUUUACUGUACGUGGAAAACUAAAGUCCGCGUUAAUAGAUAAUGCUAUAUAUUAUGGCAGCUAUCUGUUUAUAUGCGGUAUACUCUUGAUAUACAUUGCACUGAAGCCUGGUCUAGAUCUUGAUGGGCAAAAAUUGAAAGCCAUAGCAUCAUCUGCGUCCAAUACAUGGGGUUUAUUUUUAUUGGUUUUAUUGCUCGGUUAUGCCCUCGUAGAAGUUCCUCGAGGAUUAUGGAAUUCUAGCAAGCCUGGAUAUACUCUGAACUACAGCUAUUUCAAGGUGGCGAAAUUAAGUCUAGAUAAGUGCGAAGCAGAAGAAACAGUGGACGAUAUACUCGAGUCGCUGCAAAUUGCAACAAUAUCCAUUGGACCAGGUCAUCCGUUCCAUUACAAUCUGGAAACAAUCUUUCAAAAAAUACCUGCUGAAUUGAAGGACAGAAUGAACAGACGACAAUUACCUGAUGACACUCCAACGGAUGCACCUACUGAGAAAUCUCUAAUUCGUUUACACAGACAGACUAUAAAAGCGUUGCAGACUUUACAGCGCAUAGAGACUCAAUGGGGCAUUUUAGUGAGUAAAAUAUUUGAUUUGGAAGACGUAGCGAAGAAUCAAGUGAGUCAUGACAGAAGAUUCAAACAGUCUUUUCCUAAACAUCGCUCGCUUCCAUUUCGCAUUAUUUACAACCCUGUUGUUGAAUGGUACUGGAAAUGUAUCGUGAAGAAUUACGUUUUGAAGGCAGCUGCAAUUUGUGCCGGCUGCUUAUCGGUGGCUGUAGUAUGGUCGGAAGUAACAUUUUUCAAUAAGUCUCCUGUGUUAUCUUUAUUCGCUCAGUUUCUAAAUUUAGCAAAGAGAAAUUACGACUACUUUACGAUAGAGAUGUUGUCUACAUUGAUUAUCGCAUAUCUCUGCUAUUGUGCUUACUCGACAGUCUUGAAGAUACGAGUAUUGAAUCUCUAUUAUUUGGCACCUAAUCAUCAAACAAACGAGUACAGUCUGAUAUUCAGCGGUAUGAUGUUGUGUCGCUUAACUCCACCCAUGUGUCUUAACUUUCUGGGACUUAUUCACAUGGAUUCCCACAUCAUCAAAACUCAUAUCUUGGAAACGCAUUAUACACAAGUAAUGGGUCAUAUGGAUGUUAUUUCUAUAAUAUCUGAUGGAUUUAAUGUAUACUUUCCUAUGGCAAUCUUAGCAUUCUGCUUAGCGACGUACUUUAGCAUAGGCAGUAGAUUGCUUUCUAUGCUAGGUUUUCAGCAAUUCCUCGAUGAUGACGAAUUCACGACAGAUCUCGUAGAUGAGGGAAGAGAACUUAUAAAAAGAGAGAGACGCAAACGACAAAGAGCGGAAGAUUCUAUGUAUAGACGACGCGAAUUACAGGAAAGGUUCAAUAUUUCGGUAGGCUCAGGAUCGCGUUACAGAACGUCUCGACAAAGCACAGAUACUGGUAUGUGUGAUGAAAAAUGUGGAAAUAAUGAAAUAUAUUAUAUAAAUUACAGUAUCAAUAACGUUAUUCUUAACUAUUCUCUAGUACGUCCGCUAAAACGAGAUGAAUCGAUCGAGUCUGCGAGAGCAGGUUUGUUACACGAUUUCGAUCCCGCGGAGUAUUAUAUCGGUAUGACGUUCAGUGGAGAGAGUUAUGGUGCGAAUAAUCAGUGUGACAUAGAGAAUCAAGGAGACAUUGAUUCGUACGACGCGAGUAACGUAAGGGCAUUUUCCACGAGUACAAGUCGCGUGGGUCCUCCGCCCAGAGGACUAUUCGAUGAUAUCUAAAAAGGAUAAAUUGUAUUUGCGAAUGCAAUUUAGGUGCUACCGUAGAAUCUAUAUGAAUUGGCUUUUAGGACUUUACACGACAUAUUUAUAUUGAGCGAUGCGACGACUCGUUCAUAUAAAGUAGCGAAUCUUAUUAAAUGAACCAUGAAACAUAAGGCUUCAUGUGCCUGUAGCAUUUUGAAUCUGAGUACUAGAAGUACGAAUUGUACCAUUAUGAGAUAUAUUUAUAACUUAUCAUGUACGAAAAACCUAAAAAUGAAGAAUCGGAUAGAUUAAGUAGAAACGUCUUUUUUUUAUAAGAAUUGUGGCACGACGGAUAGAAUCAGUGAUAGUGCAAUAAACGUCCGAAUUAGUAUAAACAUAUUAUGUGUAUUAUGUUUAUUAGACAAAUGUAUUUUUAUCUUUCGAUUAUUCUCUUCAGUUUUGUAUAGUUGAACUUCUGUUAAAGCUAAUAAAUAAUUUAUAUACGAUUUUUUUAAUUAUAUGUACCUGAAGUGAUUCAUUAAUACCGAAAUUUCUUAAAUGGCAUUUUUUCAAUAGUUUAAUCCAUUUUUUAUAAAUGAUUUCAACUUAUUGUAAUAUAUUAUGUAAUAUAUAUUGUAAUAUAUUAUUUUUUAUGUAUACAUAUAUACACAAAAAUGAGGACAUAAAAGAUUUCGUUGCA